CUAGGACACCAUAUUUUUGACUUGUGACCUUGAGGAUGUCCUCUUCGAAGCUGACAUUCCAUAACAGUGAAUUCGCCCUCAAUACUAUUCAGGAGCGGUGGCCAAAAAUUUUAUCUCAGCUUAUCGACUCGAUCUACCGGAAUCGUGAAACGUAUUGUAACGAUGCUCGUCAGGACAUAUCCGACAAGUUAAAAGAACUAACGCGACGUAUUUGUCACUUAAGAUAUGACAUAAUGACGAACAAACCAAUCACACUCUUAUCGUUCUCACCUCUUGGUUCUACUGAGUUGGAACUCUGGAAUCACUUACUGUCUGUACAAGGAGUUAAACUUAGACAAUCAGAGGACACAAAAUCUGAAGGUCUACACAUGUGCUGGUAUGAUCUUCCGUGGCUAUUCGCUGAAUGCUAUCUUUAUCGUCGUGUUGUCGAUGUGGUUGUGCAAAGUGGUCUAAGUGAAUUUGACCCUUUUUUCGUAAAAAAGAAACAUUGCUUCAAAAAGGCUGGACCUUUCAUAAAUUCUAUCCUUCACUGCUUGACAAAACUGUCAGAUUUACCUCCUGAACGAGCGUUCAACUUUUUCAUAAAUAAAAACUGCAAAGGUCAUGAAGCUAGACGGAUUUGGGUUAAUGUGGUAUACUAAGCAUGAAUUCAGCAAAUGUCAUACGAUUGUACGUUUGGGAACUGAAAAUGCACAAUCACUUCGUAUGAGUCUUAAUUUAAUUUGCAAUGGAUUUAGUUAUGUUUGUGGAAAAUUUGACCGCUCUUGGUUAUCAUAUGUAUUUUCUGUACAGAUUGCCUUGAUAUUGCCAUUUCGUCACAAUUUUGUGUGGAAUCGGUAAAAUGUUGCUGGCAGGGUAAUCUCAGACGAGCAUUUCAAAUCUAAUUAAGAUUCAUAUCCUUCACAGGUAAAUAGCUAUCUGGGUCCUUUAGUGGUUAACGCGUCGAGGGUUUGUAUUAAAAUGUCUUGGAUUCAGUUCUCGGAGUGGAUAUCAAUUCUGAGAUUCAGGUUCAUCCAGCUAACGAGUCCCAAAUAAAGUCAAGUAUGCACUUUGGACGCCACUGCUAGUUCAAUCCUACCUAUUCUAUGUUCGCUCCAAACAGGUCAUCCCAAUCUAUUGUUGUCCUCAAGUUAGUACUCUUAUCACAUUCAGACUUCCAAAAUAUGAGUUAUCAUCAUUACGAUAUUACAGACCGUCUUAAGGCUUCGAUCAUACUAGUGACUUGUCUCCAUCAUUGGUGCAUUUAGUAUGUAGUGAUAAACUGGGAAUCCCAUUCUUAUGAUUAGUGUUGCUGCUAAUUCUCUAGUGAGUCAUGCUUUGUGUAGUUUCUUAAAGAGCUUUUAUGCACUUGGGCUAAGAAGUUUAAAUUAGAUUCAACAACAGCUGAACUAAUUACCAAAUUUAAUCCACUGAGGUCAUGCUAUGGUAUCAAUAAUUUCCUGCCUCCAGUACACAGUGAUAAAUAGCGUCAAGGAAGUCUAUAUUCAAGUGAUCGAAAACGAUGGAUCGUAGCACAUUAUCUACCCAACUUCUUAGUCUAGGCUACAAAAUUCUAGUGGGAAGACAGUAUCACUUGUGAAUAGGUGUAUAUAAGUGACACCAUGAACUUUAGUCCGUUUAUUCAUUAUUUAUCAUGUAAGUCGUCCACAGUAUAUCUUUAAAGAUUCGGUAAGUCCUUCGUGCAAAUACCUUUUUCCCCAUUACCAUAUAUAUUAUAUUACCAGUAGGGCCGAAUAUGUAGUUUAAAUUAUUCUUAUAGUGAAAAGGACUUAAUUUUCUUUUCCAGCAAUAAUCAUGUGUGGGUCACACUGCAAGCAUGAUGAUUAAUGACCCCCCGGUUUCUGAAACUGAAGUAACCGGAGAAAGGGUUGAACCAAGGACUUGGCGACUAAAAUCCGAAUAUCUUAAUUACUUACCCGCUACUCUACAAAGUUCAGCUACUUUUCAUGCAGUCAGGUUGUAUAAAUGCGGUUUUCCUCGACGAUAAAUACGCGCUCGAAAAGUGGAAGAAGGAAUGUCAGUUGCCACAACUUAACAUUCUAUUGACUUGCAUUUCCAACUUGGGUAGAAAAAUCAUACUUAAUGCGACAGCUCCAUUUGUUUCCCAGGAAUAAGAAAACGCACUUGACUAAGGUUCAACGCUAAAACGAUACCGAUAAAUGUUGUAUUGACAAAAUAACAUAUGCAAAAUACAUCUUAACCUUUACAUGAAGAAAAACAGUGGCUAUUCGACCUUUCUGAAAACUAAAACUUAUUGAAGGUGUAGACUAACAUCGUACCUAAUCAUACUCGUUAUACUAUAUUUAAGUUGUUCUCUGUAAGCCAAUCAAGAAAGCUAAAUGCUGCUUUUCAUGUCAUAGUCUAGACAGAUAUAAGUAUAAAACAAAGUAUUUGUGUUUGUCCACGUUUUCAAAGUUAGAAACAUAGUGAUAAGGUAUUAAUAAGACCGAAAGCAGAGUUGAACACGAUAAUACCAGUAUUAAAGUGGAAACUAAGUACAUAAAGUAAACUUUAAUAACGAUUAAUGAAGUUAGUGUGUAACUCAAUAUAGGCUGAAGAUGGACAUGUCUAACACGUUUCAACUACUUCCGUUUGGCAAGGUUCGUAACCGAUUGACCAUCUUUAAAACUCAAUAUCUAGCGUCAAUAUCACUCGGUGGAUUAAGGUUAUGGAAGCAAAGCUUCGAAAUCACCCAUAAUCAAAUCUUCAUAGGCGGUUGCUAAGUUAGCAAAAAUGUCCAUUCUUUUUAAAGAGAUAUUUAUGAACUUAUAUUCUAGCCUUAUUAUUUAUGUCGGCUGAUGCAGUAGGAUGAAUCUACAAUUAGAUUUUGAUUUAAAAUUAAGCAACGUCUAAGUUUGUUCACCUGAUUAUUGAUUCAAUGUACUACUUAUUGCAGAACAACUAACAAAAUAGGUCUUUGCAAUUUAUUUUAAGUAUUUGAGUGUUUAGAGCUGUAUGUGGAUGGGUUUUAACACCCUUUUCAUGAAGAUAUACAUACUAAGUUAGUGUCAUGUUGAAUACCAUUCUUAGUUGCAUUAGUGUUUGUUAGGUGACACCUGAACUAAGGAUAGGGAAUGAAACAGUCGAACGCGUUGACAAUUUCAAUUAUCUCGGAAGUCUAGUCAGCCCUAAUGGGUUGGUGUCUGACGAAAUCUCUGCACGGAUUUGAAAAGCUCGUCUGGCUUUUGCCAACUUACGUCACCUAUGAUGAAGGCGAGAUAUCCGUCUAUCAAUUAAAGGACGAGUAUACUGCGCGGCAGUUCGUUUUGUUUUACUUUACGGCUGCGAAACGUGGCCAUUAAGAGUGGAAGAUACUCGUAAGCCAUUAGUAUUUGACCACAGAUGUCUUAGAAAUAUUGUUCGCAUCUGCUGGGAUCACCGGGUAAGUAAUAGUGAGGUUAGACGCAGGGUAUUAGGGAAUGAUGGUAAAUCAGUUGAUGAGGUUGUGAAUCUUCGUCAAAUCAAAUGAGAUUUGUGUGGCGCAUAUGUAUCUGGUUCCCCCAUGGACCAAUAUCUAUGUGUUCAAAUAAAUGAAUAAAAAUCAUCUUGUGCUAAUGAGGUAUGGCAACUUGGACCGAUGCACAUAUGUGUCUGGUUCUACCUUUUAGCUGACUGAUUGAGGUGACAAAUUAUUAUGAUUACUCUCUUAGAUACUGGUUGUUGUGUUACAAGAUACCAAUAUGAAGAACCUUCUGAAUGACAGUUCUUCAUGUAGUGGCUUGUUUUUAUGGAUCAUCUAUUUGGGAUGUUAAAGUGAGGAUCAGUAAGUAACGUGCAAUGCUACUGUAUAGCCCAUUGACAGCUACUCACGAGACUGGAUUAUCAACCCAAACCCGGGAAUAAGCUAAUAUCAAAAGAAAACACAGACGUUCAGCAGAAUGAGUAAGCUAACGUGUUUAUACAUAAAAUAUUCAGUGAAAAAUAAACAUGAGUUUUCAUUUAAUAAAUAAGGAAUGAAAAUAUGUUUUGCAGGUUUCCCAGUACCUAAUGUUCUAUAGACUUAAGCGUUAAGUCCGAUUCUUACUCGUUAUAUCACUCUCUUCUGAAGUUUUAUACGUAGGCUGCUUUCCUCCUCGUUAUUUGUUUACUAAAACCAAUCGGUCGUUACUCUGUGAAUAAAUGACUUCUGGAAGCUUUCGGAUAUUCAAAUUAUCCGCUACUGUUUUUUGUAGAUUGUCGUUUACUCUAAGGAAUCACUGUCAUCCAACAAAUUAUAUGAUAAAAUACGAAACAUACAUCCAUUUGUGUUCAGUGACUAUUUUAAUGUAAUCAUGUACACUUUGUGGUCAGCUUCUAUCAGUAAAAACAUAAAUAUAUCCCUAUUUCCCAUACUUCUUUUAUGCUUAUUCCUCAUAUAACAUCAAGUCGGUAAUCUAUUACCAAAUAUUAUUGUAUGUGCUGUUACAUUUCUAGGCUUCUUUAUGGGCCAAUGAAUUUGAUUUAUCACUUCAUCCUGAUGGCGAUUUUCAACAAAUUGAAUUCGACCAAAUUUCGGACUUUAUCAAGCGUGUUGAGAAGCAGUUAGUUGUAAAUGAUGGUGAUGCGCUGGAUCAAUUCUGUAAAAACUUCUCAGAUCAUGUGAAUUCAAGGAAUCCUAAUCAUAAACUUCGUGUAGCUAUUAUACUUGAUAAUUCAGGUCCUGAACUAGCUGCAGAUCUAUGUCUUGCAGAGUAUCUCCUUACAAGUCACAUUGCUGACCAUGUAUCAUUUCAUGGUAAAAGCAUUCCAUGGUUUGUAUCAGAUGUCACUGGCAAAGAUUUUAAUUGGCUACUAAAUAUGAAUAUUUUGGAGUUGGAGGGUGCUAACAAUGAUCAAUAUGCCCAUUUGGUUUCAAAGUGGUCUGAAGUCUGGCGAAAACGGAUUCAAGAUAGCAGUUUUCGCUUUGAAACUCCGUACUUUUGGACUACUCCCUGCACAUAUGACGAGAUCGAAGUAGUUGACGCUUCACUUUACCAGGAUUUAUCAAGAAAUUAUGAUUUAAUAAUAUUCAAGGUAGUUAUAUUUGACAAAGGUGGUUAAUAUCUAACAUUUUUCAAGUAAUAUAUAUUCAUACACUAGAAGUAAGCAAAAAUAAAGUACUUUGAACCGUGGGGAUGAAGAGUUGUGACAUAUCUAUCCUCACAGUUUUACCUACCCGCUCAAUGUAUGCAGUAGUUAAUAAGGUUUCCUCUGACAGAUCAUAGUUAAUACAAUGCUUAGCAUGCAUACUUUUUUCAGGUUGUAAGUGUAUGAUACUGUUUGUUUCCAACUACUAUUUUUUUUAUUAGUACUAGAUAAUGACGGAAUUCUUAAUAUUGUUUCCAUUUUGUUUUAUUUUCUUCAAAGGGUGAUCUUAAUUACCGCAAGCUUUUAGGUGAUCGUCAGUGGAAACCUGACAACCUAGACGAUAAGAUUAAUGCCUUCCAUCGAGUGCAGAUUGGUAGAUCACCAAGCUGUACGUGUUCAAAGAAGUUAGAAGAUCCAAAACUCGGAGACCCAAUCACCGAUUGCUCAUGUGGACCAAUGGUUGUAGCUCUUCGAGUUGCGAAAUCAGAUGUAGGUGUGGGUGUGGAUCAUGAUCGUCUUAUCGAGCUGCAAAAUGAAACAAAGGAAUGGUGGACCAUUGGCAAAUAUGGUUUCAUUCAAAUUAUUUCUCCUAUUGUUUUCAGUGCUUCAUGAAUCAAUAUAUGACAUGACUUUCUAUAUCAUAGAUCACCUAUUUUCUGUCCCCAUUUUACUCGCUCUUUUCGAUACUUAUUUAUCAUAUGCGCUCGCUAGCAUUUAUUUUUAGGUUGAAGUAAGGAAAAAAUAUAAUAUUAGUCCAAAAUGUAUAUUUUUGACAUGAUUAUUUUGGUUCUUUAUUUUAUCGAUCUAGGUCGUUGCUGUAAUAUCCAGUUUCCCUAUUUACUAUAUCAAAUAUCAUUUUCGUAGUCUGAAUCAGGAAUUUACAAUUGAUACUAAAUAUGUAAUGAUCACUGCGAUUAGUUCGUUAUGUAAUAUAACUCUCAAGUCUCUGUAUUUUAAACGUAUAUGCUAUAGGCUCGUAGCUUUAGAUUGCAAGGUUUCAGUGAUUUUUAUAACUUGUAACCGCCGAUUAGAGAGCAGUGACUUAUCGCUCGGACCAAUGACGCGUAAACUCGUAUGAGCAGCCUAGAGUCCUGAUUGGUCUCGCUUUCCGCCUAGCCUAGCCAGUUGAGUCCAGAACACCAAUCUCAGCCUCUGAAACAUGAAUCACUAUAUUUCAAACACACUGAGUUUAUAUACCAAUCAAACAGACCACAACGUACCAAUAAAAUAUGAAACAACAUUUGUACAAGAAUUAGCCAGAUGUGGCUGUGAAUGAGGGAGGUAGUAAUUAAUAUACUGGGUAUAACUCAAGAAUGGCAGAUCGUAUAAUAAUAGUUUAUGGGUCGAAAUAAAGCCUAUAACAAAAGGAAUAUGAAUAUGCAUAGUUUAGAUACUUAAUAAUUAUACAAUAAAAAUAUACGUUUAGUAUUGGUCCACAAAUGGAUCACCAAAAGUUACCAUUCAUUAUUCUUGUCGGGACAUAACAGUGAUAGCCUAAAUCUUUGAAAAGUAUGGGUUUAGAGGUAGUUUCUGGAGUACUAGUAGGUGAACUAUGGGACCUGAUCCAUUAUAAAACUUUGGCUUCGUUCUAGUCACGAAGUGGUAGACGUAACCACCAAUUAUGUGUGCUGCGUAUUCAUUCAUUACAUUAGCUAUCCAACCAAUCGCAUCUCAGUCGAAACCAACCAGAAGGUAGUUUAAUAAAUCCAUUAAGUGGUCAUGUAAUCGAAUGAAUGGUUGGUAAUGAAGGGAUGUUAAAAUAACUAAGCGUUACUUGGCCGCGACAAAACAUACUGUAGUAGUCAGGCGUAUUAAAGUGGACGAUGGUCGUGGACACGUGGGUAAAUUGAACUGAAUAUAAAUGAGGCGAGUUAUCAUGUUUAACUAAUUCGUCAGACAUUGCAGAUUUCCUCUACCGAAUCUGAGGUAAGCAUAGUAAGGAAAUCCAAGGACCACACUUAUUCAGAAUAUCAUCAGCCUCAUCUAAAUAUCAUGGACGUAGGACAAGUUUGAAUCGCUGUACAUACUAAGUAAGUUAUCAAGAAUGUGGAAUAAAGUGAAUCUUUAUAUAUGAAUUAUACCUAAUAUAGGACAAUAUUACAGUACUCUUGAUUCUGGUGACGAAAUUUCGUUUUCAGUGAAACCGAUGGGAAUCUGUACAUAUUUCUUGGGAAAGAAAUAGUCGCAGUAGUGAUUUAUGGUUUCCGAAAUAUUCGCUUUGGUUUUUUUUUAUUCACUCCAAUAAAGUGUUGAGCGUAUUCCACUAGUAAUAUUCCCGAACAACUUAGUAAUUGGUUAAUAGAAGCAACACGUUGAUUGUUUUUGUCUGAUCUACGAUCGACCUAGCGUUGCAGCCACGAGCAUACUUGGAGCCAUGCAAGUUUUCAAGGAAAACUGCAAUUCGGUGUGAUUCUUCACAUAGUCUAACAAAUCGCUGAGCUUCAACGGUAAUAGAUCGAAUAAUCACAAAAUAUGUUCACUGUGGUUAACAUAAAUCAGCAAUGACACUAGGUUUAGAUGUUACAUUGUGCUUUUUAGCGAAUCCCUACAUUAUAGAUUCUGUAAAGUAACACUUCAGUACGAUGAGUAUUUUUUUAGCGGAACAGGAAAAAUAAACUUGGUAGAGUGAAAUAUAUUCAUUUUAUUUUGUCUCCUCCAUAAUGUGCUUGCUAAGGCAGCGACUCAUCCGCAUAAGAACUAGCACAACCGGGCUCUCGAGGUCGUAUAUACCAUACAAUAUCGUAUUAUUUGUGUGAGGGCUGCGACACAUCCUAGGUGCCUAGAGCAAGGAAGGUGGUUUCUUGGGGGCCCACUCCCUAGCUUUCGACAUAGAGACGACGCCAGAUGAUGCUUUCCUAUGGUAGUGGGUGACCUUAAGUAGGUUCAUGCGCUGUUCCUCCCCUCGGGAUCCUCUAGCCCAUGUGUACUAUCGGUUUGGAAUCAAGCUUUUCCAGUUGCUUUAGUUGAACCAUCCGUAUCCACUAACCCCUCUCAAAUUCCGAAGUUUUGCUUUUGAUCCUUUGACAUUCAUAAACAAUACACUGCGUGAGGGCAGUGAGUAGGACUUCCGUGGCAGAGACUAUAAACUCGUAACUGUACAAAAGCAUUUCAAAUAAGAAGCCCAGUCCCAUCUAUCUUCGACCAUACCAGGACAUUUGAGGGGGGGGUAAAUAAACGACUGGACUAAACGACCGAAUUAAUUGCAAUUCGACUGAUCGAAAAUACAUGAAACGUGGAAUCGUUCAAAAGUAAAUAAAACCAUUUCUAAUUUAUACAUGGUCAGAUUAUAGUCUGAAGAAUUAGAAGAAAGAUUUAACCAAAAGGACUAACUGUAUUAGUAAUGUGCAUGUCAAUGUCGAGUUUAUAGAAGUUAAUGAAGAGGGAAUGAAGCUUCACGUAGAUGAAGUAAUUUAAAAUUAUUGGGUUGUCAAAAAUACUUUUAACAAGAACCAAUAUUGCUAUUAUUCAAGCUUAGAUAUAGUCUCUUUAUAGACACUAAGAGAUGCCUGAAACAAACUCGUAUAAAAAUGCUAUUGCGAAACUAAGAAAGACAACGAAAUAAAGAAAUAAUUCCAUCUAGUGAACUACGUUUUUCAUUUAUUUCUGUCGUACUGUAAUAGAACAAAACUCCUCCCGAAUCACUGAUUUAUUUAGAAAUCAAAUAUUCUAUCACAGUGCUAACAGUUGAACCAAUAUUGUAUAUUCAGAGAAGGGUGUAUCUUUAGUACCAUUCAUUGUUUUAACUGUAACAGUUUGAAUUUCAUUCUCAACUCUCAUGGUAUCAUACUGGUAGUUAGGAAAUAAGAAUAACGAAGCCUAUAUUUCCUGUGUUUUAUUUCAUAUGAAAGUAGGAGACGUGUGCUCUUGAGAUAUCUUAAACUACAAAUAAAUAGCCAUUUAUAGAUCUUUAUUUAGUUUAAUGUAUUUCUAGAUAAAUAAGCAAGCCCUAACUUGGAAUCUUGAAGGGAAGCAGAAAAGAGGAAGGCCAAAGAACAGAUUACGUCGGGAAAUAGAAACAGAUAUGAAAAGGAUGAAUAACAACUGAGAGGAGCUGGAAAGGAUUGUCCAAGACAGGGUUGGAUGGAGAAUGCUGGUGAGCGGCCUAUGCUCCUUCACGAGGAGUAACAGGCGUAAGUAAGUAAUUUCUAGAUAAAUAAAACAAUAAAGCUUAAUUUUUUAAAUGAAAAACGUCUAAAUAUGUUAGCCGUGAUUAAACUGAUUUGAGAAGCAC